AUGAAGUCGGCCCCGAUACAGCUGUUUACUUUGUGCAUCGCUGAGUGUGUGCGCGUGUGUGUAUGGACGGCAUGCUGAGUAAAGUGUGUAGCCCUCUCUGUUCCAGGUGGGGUCUGGAGGGAGGUUCCGCUGUCCGUCCUGCAGCCAGGAAGUUGUGUUGGACCGCCACGGUGUCUACGGGCUACAGCGCAACCUGCUGGUGGAGAAUAUUAUUGACGUCUACAAACAGGAGUCCACCAGGUGAGGUCAGAGGUCUAUAAUGUAUAGAGCUUUGGUAAGGGAGGGGAUGGGAUUAGACGAGUGGCCAGGGCAACCCUCCACUUGGUGGACUAUAUUAGUGACGUCUACAAAUAUGAGUCCAGCAGGUGCGGGAGUAGAAUGAGGGUAGCUCUCCUGGAGGUUUCAAAAUAUGGAUGUGAAAGGAGGAUCAACAAAUUACAUCUAGAGGGCGUUUUUAGUUUUUACUUUAGCUUCCUAAUCCUGACUGACAUUCCUCCUCAUCUCCUUCCCACAAUCCUCCUAGUUCUAGAUCCACGUCGUCCAAGCCCGCGGGCCAGCCCACCUGUGAGGAGCACGACGGUGAGAAGGUCAACAUUUACUGCGUCACCUGCCAGGUGCCCACCUGUUCCCUCUGCAAGGUGUUCGGUGCCCACAACACCUGCCAGGUGGCACCACUAACACAGGUCUACCAGCAGCAGAAGGUGAGUGAGUGAGGCCAGGCAGGGGGUCGCACGUUGAUGACAUCACAGGCGGCAACUUUCACCUGGGUAGUAUUCAUUAGGGCACACCGUAGCAAAACGUCUCACAACGGAAAAAAACGAAACCAAGUGUUUCUUAUUGGACAAGUUCUGUGGGAUGAUAGCUGGGUGUAGAGAUGGGCCUUUGGAAGCGUUGGUUAACUUGUGCUGUAACAUAUUUGGGGUCUCAUCCUGGAUCAUAUGAGACUAGGAAAGAAAGUAGUCUGGCUCAACAGGCAGUUAGUUACAUGUUCUACUUCUGUGAAACCUUUCCACUUUAGAUGUAUGAUGAUAUCAUGAGAUAUGUAGAAUAGAAAAUACAAUUAUUCCGACUCACCAGUUACACAUGGUUUACAGUAGCUAAGGUGAUUCCUCUGUAAAACCUCUCCUUUCCCUCAACAGGCUGAGCUGAGUGAGGGGGUUAGCUCCUUGGUGACGUCGAACGGCCAGGUCCAAGCCUUCAUCAAUGAGUUGGAGGUGACCUGCAAGAAUGUUGAGGUUAGCGCUGUUUGUGUUGCAUCUAUUCUGGUGUAUUGUCAGGGACGACUUUUACACCCAUGAAGUGUUGAGCGCUGCUUUGCGUUGUUCAGUUAUGAGAUCAAGAAUCCAAAUCAACAGCUGAAGUUUUGUUUCUACUCAGUCUAUAAAUAAAUAAUACAAUCUAUGAGUUAUACUUUUCCAGUUGUUCAGUCAUAAAGAAUGUUAGUGCCUUUUGUGUUCUAGUCUGGUGUGUUGUCAUGCACAACCAUACAAUGUUCAGUGCUGCUUCGUUUUGAUCAGUAAUACUCCGCUAACAAAAGUUGUCCUUACGACUUCCGGAAACGUCCUAAAAUGGUCCCCUAAAGUCGUCAGGACGUCUGAAAAGUUUGACCCGCAUGUCCGUUAUUUUCUACAGGAGAACUGUAAGACCCAGAAGCAGACAGUGUGUGAGAGGUUCGACCGCAUGCUCGCCAUCCUGGAGGAGCGACGGAGGAUCAUGACCCAGCGAGUCACGGACGAGCAGGAGGAGAGGACAGGUCACGCCCGUUCUCUGGUGCGAUCCUAUGGAGAGAGUGUAGAGACCAACACCAAACUGGUGGAGACCGCCAUGGCCACCAUGCAGGAUCCGGAGAUGGCUGCCUUCGUGAAGGUACGAUACCAUACAAUACAAUACAAUACAAUACAAUACAAUACAAUACAAUACAAUACAAUACAGUACAGAACAGUACAGUACGAUACGACACAGAAAAAUACAAUACAGUACGAUAGUUUCAAGUUUUAUUAGUAGUAUGUACAGGAUACACAUGGUAUACUGUACACCGUCCAACCAAAUGCUUCCUUGCAGGUUCCUUCUGGACAAUUCAACAACAAUAAGAAAUAAUGAAAGAUAAGAAUAGGAACAUAAAGUGAAUGUCUCAGUAGAACAGAAUAAACAUGUUAGCAUCAGUAGAAUACAGGAAGGAACCAUUUAUAGUCUAAUAUUUACACCUGUAUCAGGAAAGGGGGAGAUUGGGGGGCAGGUGUUUAAAUUUAGCAGUAUUAGCAACAGUAAAUACAGUCUGGUAGCAGCAGUUGUGAUGUGUGGGUAGCAUUUGUGUGUGUGUGUUCGUGUGUCCGUGUGUGUGUGUGUUCGUGUGUCCGUGUGUGUGUGUGUUCGUGUGUCUGUGUGUGUGUGUUCGUGUGUCUGUGUGUGUGUGUUCGUGUGUCCGUGUGUGUGUGUGUGUGUGUUCGUGUGUCCGUGUGUUCGUGUGUCUGUGUGUGUGUUCGUGUGUCCGUGUGUGUGUGUGUGUGUUCGUGUGUCCGUGUGUGUUCGUGUGUGUGUGUGUUCGUGUGUGUGCGUGUGUGUGUUCGUGUGUCCGUGUGUGUGCGUGAAUGCAUGUGUGCUAAGGUGUUGUGAAUCAGAGCAGGUGGUCAGUCCAGUUCAAGUGUUCAGCAGUCUGAUGGCUUGUAGAUAGAAACUGUCUCUGAGCCUGUUGGUAUCAGACCUCAUGCUCCGAUACCGUCUGCCCGACGGUAAGGGGUCCUUGAUGAUGCUGCUGCUGCUGGCCUUCCUCAGGCACCGUUCCGAGUAGAUGUCCUGGAUGGGUGGGAGCACGGUCCCAGUGAUGUACUGGGCCAACUGGUACCAGGCCGUCAUGCAACUGGUCAGGAUGCUCUCGAUGGUGCAGCGGUAGUAUUUGGAGAGGACGUGGGGUGGCAUGCCGGAUUUCUUCAACUGCCAUAGGACGUAGAGCCCUCUUGACAAGAGUGGUGGUGUUGUUGGUCCAGUGUGCCAGGCAUGUGGGCCAUGACCAGCCUCUCGAAGCACUUCAUGAUGACCGGGGGUGAGUGCGAUUGGGGCGAUAGUCAUUUGGGCAUGUCACCUUGUUUUUCUUGGGCACUGGGACGAUGGUAGUCUCCUUGAAGCGGGUGGGGACUACAGCCUGGGACAGGGACAGGGUUGAAAGAUGUCAGAGAAGACGCCCGCCGGUUGGUCAGCACACACCCUGAGGACGCGGCCAGGGAUGCCAUCUGUGCCGGCAGCUUUGUGAGUCUUCACUCUUUUGAGAGUUUUCCUCAUGUCAGCCUCGGAGAGCGAAAGCACCUGGUCGUCCGGAGCAGCAAAAGUUUUCCUGGAUGGCUCGAUAGAAGCGAGCGUAGAAUGUGUUUUGCUCAUCUGGGAGGGAGGCUUCAGUGGGAAACCACAUCGCUGGAGUUGCCUUUGUAUUCUGUGAUGGUCUGUAGUCCUUGCCACAUCCGUCGCGAGUCUGAGUUGUUGAACAUCAAUUCAAGUUUGAGUCUGUAUUGUCUUUUUGAGUUCCUAAUUGAUUUGCGGACCUCGUACCUGCUUGUCUUGUAUGCGCCGUGCGUCACCGAGCCGUCGGGGUUCGUUCUGCUGACAUUGAAUGCUGCAGUACGGGCUCUCAGCAUGGUACGGAUAUCUCCGUUCAUCCAGGGUUUUUGGUUGGGGCAUGUCCGGUUUGUUAUUGUGGGUACAACAUCAUCAACACAUUUCCUAAUGAAGCCUGUGACUAACGAUGUAUAUUCCUCAAUGUUGAUGGAUGCAAUACAAUAUAAUACAAUAUUGAUACACUUUGAUAGGAAAACAUUUACAUUUUAGUCAUUUAGCAGACGCUCUUAUCCAGAGCGACUUACAGUUAGUGAAUGCAUCUAUGUUUUUUAGUUUGUUUUAGUUUUUUUUUUUUUUUUUUCAUACUGGCCCCCCGUGGGAAACGAACCCACAUCCCUGCCGGCCAAACCCUCCCCUACCUUGGACGACGCUGGACCAAUUGUGCGCCGCCCAUGGGUAUCCCGGUCGCGGCCGGCUACGACAGAGCCUGGACUCGAACCAGGAUCUCUAGUGGCACAGCUAGCACUGCGAUGCAGUGCCUUAGACCACUCGGGAGUUCAUACUGGAAUAUGUUGUCAUGUCUUUUAUGUGAAUUGCUUUUAAUCUUAUUACCUUUUUCCCUUUUUGUCAGACUGCAAAAGACCUGAUUGUAAAGUGAGUGCCCUCUUAUUGUUAAUCUGGAACUAAUAAUAAGGAACUAACUAAUAAGAAGGAACUAAUAAGAAGGAACUAACUAAUAAGAAGGAACUAACUAAUAAGAAGGAACUAAUAAGAAGGAACUAAUAAGAAGGAACUAAUAUAAGAAGGAACUAAUAAACUAAUAAGAAGGAACUAAUAAGAAGGAACUAAUAAGAAGGAACUAAUAAGAAGUAAGAUUUGUUAGAAGUUUGGUAAGUUUUAAGCCGUUCUGCUGGUUGAUACUUUACAGACUUUCUAUUUUGUUUCUGUCUCAUUCAAACUCUUGUCUGUCCCACAUUCUGUCUGUCCUUCUCUCUGCUACCUCAUCUAUAUCCCCCUCUCCUUGCCAGGGUGAAUGAGGCAUCCAGUACCUGCAUCGUGGAGACCCUGGAGCCUGGUUAUGAGAACAUGGACCACUACAGGGUCAACUUCAACGCAGAGAAGAGGGCUCUGUACAAGCUGGACUUCAUCAAAGGUACCAUGGCUUCGUCUGAAGUAGCAUUCUUUUCCCUAUAUAGAGCACCACUAUUUUUAGCCAGAGCACCAUUGGCCAUCAGAUAGUGUGUUAUACUGAUGUCCUGUGUGAAUGUUCCACGGCAGCAGUAGAGACACAGCUAACCUGUUUUAUUGUCUCUGUUCAUUGUAGUGGAGGAGGAGGGAGAACCAGAGCCAGAAACAGAAUGUGAACCAGUUCUGGAUCUAGAACCGGAGCCCGUUCUGGAACAAGCAACAGUUCUAGAACCAGUGGCACUGCCAGUACUGGUGCAAGAACUAGAGCCAGAAUCAGUGCCACAGCCAGUGCUGGUGCCAGUGCUGAUGGAAGACCUACAGACAGAACCGGAGCCAGUGCCAGUGCAAAAGCGACAGCUAGUUCCAGAACAUGUGGCAGUUCUAGAACCAGUAGCAUUUCCAGAACAUGUGGCAGUUCUAGAACCAGUAGCAUUUCCAGAACACGUGGCAGUUCUAGAGCCAGUGGAAGUUCUAGAACCAGAGUCAGCAUCCAGUCAGGUCCUGGAUGCAGAGCCUGUGUUGGAGCUGAAGACAGUGGGAGAAAGUUGGGGACUGAAGGACCCAGCAGAGCUGACCGAGCAGUUCAGGGGUCAGGCAGAGGGGUGUGAUGAAGACCUGCAGAAAGAGGAGUUCUGUGACCAAGAGGGCUUAAAUACACAGCAGGUAUAG